AUGCUUGUUCUAGACGCAACGGACGACCGGUGGCUCGGCCGGUGGAAUAGACUCUUCAACGCCUAUGACAUCUCUCACCUACGCAGCCCCAUGCUGUGGCAUGUCGACCCGCUCGACCGAGAUUCGCUAUUGGGUUACACGUACGCGGAGGAGCGCGAGCGCGAGCUCGUCGAGAUCCGGAACUGCGUGGGCAAAGAAAUAAGCAAGCACGCUCAGAAGAAAAAGGCAGGGAGCCGAGUCUGUGGGAAAAGGCAAGAAGCGAGGGUGGCCAUCAACCUGAGAGAGCGAAACGACUACUUUACCCCGUCCAAGUCGUUGUUCUGCGACCACUGCCAGUUGGUGGCCAAGCGAUACGAGCUCGAGUCGACGAUAUUGCGACAGGAGACUCUGGGAGACAUUGAGUAUGGUGUUGUCAGGGAAAUCUCCGUUGACGACGAGAAGCUUUUUACUGUCACGACAAACUCCACACGCCGAUAUGCCAAGGCCGUCGUGCUUGCGGUCGGCCCGGCCAACGUGGCAGAGAUUCCUCGUCUGCCCUCUAUGACGGAAAAGGGAGACUUGGCCUCGACACGCCAAGUAUGCCACAGCAUGCACAUCCAAUCUUUCCCAGAUCCCGUGGUCCAGGCAAGAAUGGACGCGGGUCGGACGAGCAACAUUCUCGUUGUCGGAGGCGGCCUCACAUCUGCACAGCUGUCAGAUCUCGCUAUUCGUCGAGGCGUCACAAAGGUGUGGCAUCUCAUGAGAAGCAGAUGUCGCGUGAAGCACUUUGAUGUAGAUUUGCAGUGGAUGGGCAAAUACAAGAACGCCGAGCAAGCCCGCUUCUGGAGCGCCGACUCGGACGAUGAGCGUCUCGAGAUCAUCAAGAAGGCUCGUGGGGGAGGCAGCAUCACGCCGCUUUUCCAGAAGCGACUGAAGAAACACGUGGCGUCGGGGAGGCUUGAGUUGCGCGAGCAGACACGUCUUGCAGACGCAAAAUUUAUGGAAGAAGAGGGGAUAGGCGCCUGGGCCGUAACAACAGAUCCUCCAGUCGAGGGCCUCCCACUAUUUGACUUUAUCUACUUUGCAACCGGCAUUCAGACAGAUUUUUCGUCCCUUCCAUACCUGCGCAAGAUGAUGGAUAAGUACCCUAUUCAGGGACACGGGGGGUUACCGUGCCUCAACGAAGAUCUGAUGUGGGCAGACGGUGUGCCUUUGUUCCUAGUUGGGCGAUUGGCAUCGCUUAGGCUGGGACCAGCCGCGCCAAACAUUGGCGGUGCCAAGCUUGGAGCCGAGAGAGUCGCGUGGGCUGUUGAGGAACUUGUUUCCCAGUCCAAGCAGGCUUGCGAUCCCGAAGGGGAGGGCGAGGGCAUCACAACUUACCUAUCUGGUCAUGGAAACAUGUUUAGCGCCCUUGCGGCUUGUGAAUGA